UCCGGAAUCUUUUCAUCAUGGCCGAACCAGGAAGGCCGAAGAAGCGCGUUUUGGUGACCGGCGGCUCCGGGCUUGUGGGGAAAGCCAUUGAGAAGCUGGUAACAGAAGAUGGGGCCGGGCGACCCGAUGAGGUGUGGACCUUCUUGUCCUCCAAAGACGGGGAUUUAACGGAUGCGGGGCAGACCAAAGCCAUCUUUGAGAAGUUCCAGCCCACCCACGUCAUUCACCUGGCAGCCAUGGUGGGUGGUCUCUUCAGGAACAUCAAAUACAACCUGGAUUUCUGGAGGAAUAACGUCCACAUUAAUGAUAAUGUCCUACAUACAGCAUAUGAGUUUGGCGUCAAGAAAGUGGUCUCCUGCCUUUCUACUUGCAUAUUCCCAGACACGACCACCUACCCUAUUGAUGAGACAAUGAUCCACAGUGGGCCCCCACACGACUCCAAUUUUGGAUAUUCUUAUGCAAAGAGGAUGAUAGAUGUCCAGAACAGGGCCUAUUUUGCCCAGUAUGGGUGUCUCUUCACGGCUGUCAUCCCCACCAACGUCUUUGGGCCUCACGACAACUUCAACAUUGAGGAUGGUCAUGUUCUACCGGGCCUCAUCCACAAAGCGUACUUGGCAAAAAAAAAUGGCACACCUCUGAUGGUCUGGGGGACAGGAAAGCCCCGAAGACAGUUCAUAUAUUCUCUGGAUCUGGCUCGACUGUUUCUCUGGGUCUUGAGGGAGUAUGAUGAAGUGGAACCCAUCAUCUUGUCCGUUGGAGAAGAGGAUGAAGUCUCCAUACGGGAAGCAGCAGAGUGCAUUGUGGGAGCCAUGAACUUCAAAGGAGAGCUCCAUUUUGACACCACCAAGUCAGACGGACAGUUCAAGAAAACGGCGAGCAACACCAAACUGAAAAAAUACGUACCAGACUUCCAGUUCACCCCUUUCCAUCAAGCCGUGAAGGAGACAUGUGACUGGUUCUGCGCCAAUUACGACACCGCCAGGAAGUGAGGGAAGGUUGGAUCCAAGGGCCACCACUGUCCUCAUUCUGUUGGCAAACUCAGGGAUUUCCUUUGCGGUAUCAAAGAAUUAGAAUAAAUGUGGGCAUUUGGGGACUUUGGAAGGGCUGGGGGCGGGUAGAGCUUGAGGAGCGGAGCAAACUUUGUACCUUUCGGGAUCAGUCUUUUGCUGCACUGUGCUUUCAGAGGUGGUGGUGAGGGCUGCAUCAAACGGUCUCUGUCUCUGAGCUUCUUUUCCUCCCCGAUUUGUAGCUGCCCAGAAGUCACAACUCCUCUCCCCUUAGCACAAUGUCAGCGUUGUCGUCUUCUUGGGAGAACCCUGCUGGCUUGGCGUCUCAUCGGAGCUGUGCUCUUGACAGCCCAAAUUGCCCUCCGGCUUUAGAAAAGAGACCGUUUCCCAGAGAGGAAGCAGGGCUGGUUUGUAAGAGCCACGGACUUUACGUCAGCUGCUAGAUUCUUCGUUCUUAGACAUGGGAGCUUUGGGGAGGGCUUUCUCCGUGGCACUCACGGCUGGCCUGCAAAAGGUCUCUGGGUUCAAUCCUCACCAUCUCCUUGCAAGCGAGUCCCAGGGACAGGACGGAGGAAGGCCUCCUUCUCUUUGAAGUGUGAGACUGCUUGCUUGUGGUCAGAACUAAGCUAAGCGGGGGGGGCAGUUCAAGGGAGGGUCUCUGGGAGUUCAGAGACGCUGGCAGGGUGAAGGUGCUUAACCAUCAGCCAACACUGAGGGAAUCCUGGGUUUGUGCCCUUUGAUUUCAUGCAAAUAAAGGGGACCGUUCAAGGGGACCGUUUCAAGGAGAUCAAAUUGGCACAGGAAUUAUCUGCCGUCACCGGCUGUUGAAUGUUGUUUCACCAAACCGCUUGUCUAAUGAGGCGACUUCUCAAAGCCCUUCAAUAAAUCAAUGUGACCUCCA